GUGACGUGACGGACGCGACGCUUCCUGCGGCAGCGACCGAGACGUCUGCAGUGUUUCGCGCUCGGAGGCUGCUUUUUUGCUCUGCUCCGCCGCGGGCGCCUCCGCUGCCAUGAACAAGAAGAAGAAGCCAUUCCUGGGCAUGCCCGCGCCCCUCGGCUACGUGCCGGGGCUGGGCCGGGGUGCCACUGGUUUCACCACCCGGUCAGACAUUGGGCCAGCCCGGGAUGCAAAUGAUCCUGUGGAUGAUCGCCAUGCACCACCAGGCAAGAGAACAGUGGGGGACCAGAUGAAGAAAAACCAGGCUGCUGAUGAUGAUGAUGAAGAUCUGAACGACACCAACUAUGAUGAGUUUAAUGGCUAUGCUGGGAGCCUCUUUUCCAGUGGGCCCUAUGAGAAAGAUGAUGAGGAAGCAGAUGCUAUUUAUGCAGCUCUGGAUAAAAGGAUGGAUGAAAGAAGAAAAGAAAGAAGUGAUGAUUCAUGCUUUGGACUGUGUUUCCAGAGGAAGCUGGCAGAGGUCACAGAGGAAGAGUGGCUAAGCAUCCCAGAAGUUGGUGAUGCAAGAAACAAACGCCAACGGAAUCCACGUUAUGAGAAGCUGACCCCUGUUCCUGAUAGUUUUUUUGCAAAGCAUUUACAGACUGGGGAAAACCAUACUUCUGUGGAUCCCCGGCAAACUCAAUUUGGGGGUCUGAACACGCCAUACCCAGGUGGACUGAACACUCCAUACCCAGGUGGGAUGACCCCAGGACUGAUGACGCCAGGCACAGGUGAGCUGGACAUGAGGAAGAUUGGCCAAGCAAGGAACACCCUGAUGGACAUGAGGCUGAGCCAGGUGUCUGAUUCAGUGAGUGGACAGACUGUUGUGGACCCUAAAGGCUAUCUGACGGAUCUCAACUCCAUGAUCCCCACCCAUGGCGGGGAUAUCAAUGACAUCAAGAAGGCACGACUGCUCCUCAAGUCUGUUCGGGAGACGAACCCUCAUCACCCGCCAGCCUGGAUUGCGUCAGCCCGCCUGGAGGAAGUGACUGGGAAGCUACAAGUCGCUCGGAACCUCAUCAUGAAGGGAACAGAGAUGUGCCCCAAGAGUGAAGAUGUCUGGCUAGAAGCAGCCAGGUUGCAGCCGGGGGACACAGCCAAGGCUGUGGUGGCCCAAGCUGUCCGCCAUCUCCCACAGUCUGUCAGGAUCUACAUCAGAGCUGCAGAGCUGGAAACAGACAUUCGAGCAAAGAAGCGGGUUCUUCGGAAAGCCCUUGAACAUGUUCCAAACUCUGUUCGCUUAUGGAAAGCGGCUGUUGAACUGGAAGAGCCAGAAGAUGCUAGGAUCAUGCUCAGCCGAGCUGUAGAGUGCUGCCCCACCAGUGUAGAGCUCUGGCUUGCUCUCGCGAGGCUGGAGACUUAUGAAAAUGCCCGCAAGGUCUUAAACAAAGCACGGGAGAACAUUCCUACAGACCGGCACAUCUGGAUCACAGCUGCCAAGCUUGAGGAGGCCAAUGGGAACACGCAAAUGGUGGAGAAGAUCAUUGACCGAGCCAUCACCUCACUGCGGGCCAAUGGUGUAGAGAUCAACCGUGAGCAGUGGAUCCAGGAUGCUGAGGAGUGCGACAGGGCAGGGAGUGUGGCCACCUGCCAGGCAGUCAUGCGAGCUGUGAUUGGAAUCGGGAUCGAGGAAGAAGAUCGGAAGCACACCUGGAUGGAAGACGCUGACAGUUGUGUGGCCCACAAUGCCCUGGAGUGCGCACGGGCCAUCUACGCCUACGCCCUGCAAGUAUUCCCCAGCAAAAAGAGCGUAUGGCUGCGAGCUGCAUACUUCGAGAAAAACCAUGGCACCAGGGAGUCUCUGGAGGCGCUCCUGCAGAGAGCCGUGGCCCACUGCCCCAAGGCCGAGGUACUGUGGCUUAUGGGCGCCAAGUCCAAAUGGCUGGCAGGGGAUGUGCCUGCAGCGCGGAGUAUCUUGGCCUUGGCCUUUCAGGCCAACCCCAAUAGUGAGGAGAUCUGGCUGGCGGCUGUGAAGCUGGAGUCUGAGAACAACGAGUAUGAGCGGGCCCGCAGGCUGUUGGCCAAGGCGCGGAGCAGUGCACCUACGGCCCGUGUGUUCAUGAAGUCUGUGAAGCUGGAGUGGGUGCUAGGGAACAUUGCAGCUGCCCAGGAGCUCUGUGAGGAAGCCCUGAAGCACUACGAGGACUUCCCCAAGCUGUGGAUGAUGAAAGGGCAGAUCGAGGAGCAGGGAGAGCUGAUGGAGAAGGCUCGGGAGGCCUACAACCAGGGGUUGAAAAAGUGCCCUCAUUCCACACCCCUGUGGCUCUUGCUCUCCCGGCUGGAGGAAAAGAUUGGACAGCUGACCCGAGCUCGGGCCAUUUUGGAGAAGUCUCGCCUGAAGAACCCAAAAAAUCCUGGGCUGUGGUUGGAGUCUGUGCGGCUGGAGUACCGAGCAGGGCUGAAGAAUAUUGCCAACACACUCAUGGCCAAAGCGCUGCAGGAGUGCCCCAGUUCUGGGAUUCUGUGGUCCGAAGCCGUCUUCCUGGAGGCAAGGCCCCAAAGGAAGACCAAGAGUGUGGACGCCCUGAAGAAGUGUGAGCAUGACCCCCAUGUGCUGCUGGCUGUGGCCAAGCUCUUCUGGAGUGAGCGGAAGAUCACCAAGGCUCGGGAGUGGUUCCACCGCACGGUGAAGAUUGACUCCGACCUGGGGGACGCUUGGGCCUUCUUCUACAAGUUUGAGCUGCAGCAUGGCACUGAGGAGCAGCAGGAGGAAGUGAGGAAGCGCUGUGAAAACGCAGAGCCCCGGCACGGGGAGCUGUGGUGCACCGUGUCCAAGGACAUCGCCAACUGGCAGAGGAAGAUUGGAGAGAUCCUGGUGCUGGUGGCUGCCCGCAUCAAGAACACCUUCUGAUGACCCAGUCUGGGGCAGGGGUGGGACCAUAGGUGGCUCAUGGAUACACAUGGGCAGGGUUGACUAUCUGCCCAACGUUCAUUAAAAAUCCUCAUGUCGUGGGUAAGGGUGGGGCCUGCUGUCUUGUGCUUUUGCAGCCCCACCAGCCUCCCACACAGGUACGGGGUGGUCCUAGUUCCUCUGGUUGGGGCAAGGCCUCUUGCAGACACCUGUAUCCUACAGAGGAAGCAUGGUGGGGUGCCAGGGCUUGUUGAGGUUUUGUGGAGAAGGUAGUGGAGUCAAGACUCUGGAAAAAGUGGAGACACUCAGUCACCAGUCUGUAGCACAGGUUGGAGGCCACAUAGGGACUGAGCUAUGAGUAGGGGGAAACACUUAUAGGAGCCCCCAUGGUCACAUCCGUAUGGACAGAGACUUUCCAAGCUGGGGCCUCCUGGAGUGCUGAGUGUACCCAGCAGAACCUGGCUGUGCCCAGGCCUCUCCGUGCUGGCCAGGCCCUGUGGAGAUGUCCACCAUAGGAGCUUGUCUUGCUUUUGCAGGAAAGUCUGCUUUUGCUAGUUCAUGAUUAGCAGCUUUAUCCUGAAGCACUGUGCCUGUCCUCAUUGAUAGAUGGAAUUUUGUAUUGCAGAGAUGUGACUUCUUUCAGCCUUUCUGCUCUGUGGGGAUAAAAAAAAAUUCUUGGACCUUGAA